ACUGUGAAUAGCAGAAUAGCAUUUAUGUAUGUCGUUCGGAAAAGGGCAAAGACAUAUGCGAAACUUUUGCUUAGAAGAGAAUUGAAAGGGAAAGAGAAGAAUUCUGAAAAGAAUUCGACCUUCUAUUAUUCGAAUCGAUCGGGUUGGCAAGAAAGAAUAGAACGUCUUUCAAUGGAUAGUCAGGAUAAAAACACCUCGGAUGUCGGACAACCUGUGCAAAUUGUACUUGCUCAUCCAGACCACAGUUUCGAGUUAAACGAAGAAGCCUUGUCGAAAAUUCUCCUUGAAAAUGACAUUAAAAACAGGAGCGUGGUUGUU